CUGGCCUUGUCAUCCUCCUGAAAGCAUUUCUCUCUUGGUCGCCGCGCUCAUCCCUAGAAGUGACAUCGGCACUGCGAUCCCGCCCAUACCGUAUCAUCACCAGUCUCCCCCCCAGUCCCACGUCCUUAUCUCCGGGCUUGUGCAACAUAGGGUCAGAGCAUGCAGUCGCCUUCUUGAAUCGAACUUGAUUGAACCAUUUCUACAUAUAUAUAUAUAUAUUCUUUAAAUAUAUAUAUUCAUAUACGCUCACAUUUAGACGUGCCGCACUAUGUGGUUUUCGACGCCCCGGUUACUCGCCGGACUUUAUGGGUUAUCACUGGCUGUCGUGGGGUCAUCCGCUGUCGAUGUUGAUUUCAUGAGCGUGAGGCCUACUGUGGCCAAGGAAUACUCUGGAAAAGGGGGAGAACCAGGUCCAAAAUAUUUCAAGGAAUCAGACUUUCACUACCAUUAUGACGGCCGCUUUGCCGAUAAGCCUCUCUCGGAGGAAGAGACUACUCCGCACCUGUCGGAACUCAUCCGAACCUACCUGUCAACAAUGGCAGACCUUGGUGCCGAGACAUGGAUCAUGCAUGGUACUCUUCUGGCAUGGUGGUGGAAUCAGAAGAUCUUCCCUUGGGACAAUGACCUUGAUGUCCAAAUAUCUGAACCCACAAUUCACUUCCUUGCCGAUUAUUACAACAUGACGGAACACCAUUUUGAAAUUCCAGGGGUCGAGGGCGGGCGAACUUAUUUGCUCGAGAUAAAUCCUAACUACGUCAUCCGGUCUACCGACGAUAAGUUGAAUGUCAUUGAUGCGCGUUGGAUUGACACUUCCUCCGGAUUGUUCAUCGACAUCACCGCCGUGCGCAAAGAUGACGACAGACGAGAACGCGGUGACCCCGGUGCUCUGAUGUGCAAAGAUGGCCAUCGCUUUGAUGAGACCGAAAUUUUCCCGUUACGGAAUAGUUACUUCGAGGAUGUUCCUGUCAAAAUUCCGUUUGAAUAUGUCCGACUUCUCAAGAAGGAAUAUGGCUCGAAAUCUAUGACCGCUACCACCUUCCAAGGGCACCAUUUCAACGAUGUCACAGAAGUGUGGGAUAAACAAAGGAAACGGCAGUUUUGGCGCCGCCAGCCAGUCGACGUACCCGUCCGAACCACGCCGCUCGGGCCUUUGUUUCGAUGAAACUCGAGGACUGUUUUAAAAGUUCAAGGCUCAUUGAUGCAUCUGGGCCUGAUUAUGACAGUUACGAUCUGACCGGGUUCAAUUCUUUUUAUAUAGUCGUCACUUGUUUGCAUAUAUAUGGCGUUAUCCUUCGGAACGCAUACCAUUUAUUCGCACGUUGGAUACAUUCGGCGUUGGGUCUAUUAUGCUUCUUCGGCCUUCUGUUCUAUUCAUUGGGGUCAUUUCAGACUUUCUCUGUCCCAAAUCUAGAGUUUUGUGACCUGGCUUCCCGGAGUCGGGGCUACUGAACAGUUAAGUCUACGGAGACUUUUGUGAAUAUAUCAAAUAUAUAAUCUAGUAUUGUCCGC